CCGUGUUUCAGCUUUUUACUCAUUUUAUCUUUUCCUCGAGUCAACACUUUAAUGUAAACCACUUAGUUAAAUAGUCUUUGAGUCCUGACUGUAAAUAAUUUACUGUAAAUAUUAGUAAAUUAACACCGAUGUAAAAUCUGAGCUCCGUUAACUACCAGCUGUGCUCCAGCAUCUCCAGGUCUUAUUGUGAAGGUCCGGACCGGAAGCGGUGUGUAUCAUAGUAACCACAUGUCCCUGACGACAGCGCGUCAGUGAGGAAGAACAUCUGGUGGCGCCUCAUCUUCCUCCUCUUCUCCCGGGUCACCUCCGGUUCUCCUCGGCCGGACGAAGCAGCAGCAGCAGCCGCCCCGUGCGCCUCCUCUCCCCGGUCUCCCUCCGGUUCCUCCCCGUCACACAGACUCAUCCGCACCCGGAGAUCGGGCCCCUUCCGCGGGACGAAUGACCAUGAACGACACGGAGCUCAGUCUGGCGGAGUUCGGCUUCGAGCAGGGCUUCGAUGAACGUCGAGCUCUGGAGUGGAUGCAGGAAAACUGGAGCAAGUCCUUCAUGUUCUGCGGCCUCUACGCUGCGCUGGUGUUCGCCGGCCAGCACUUCAUGAGGGAGAGACCGAAGCUGAACCUGCGGCGCCCGCUGGUGCUGUGGUCGCUCAGCCUGGCCGUGUUCAGCAUCAUCGGAGCCUUCAGGACCGGACUCUACAUGACGCACAUCCUCGCGACCAGCGGCUUCAGACAGUCCGUGUGUGACAUCAGCUUCUACAGCGCCCCCGUCUCCAAAUUCUGGGCCUACGCCUUCGUCCUGAGCAAAGCCCCCGAGCUGGGCGACACCAUGUUCAUCAUCCUGCGGAAGCAGCGCCUCAUCUUCCUGCACUGGUACCACCACAUCACCGUGCUGCUCUACUCCUGGUACUCCUACAAGGACCAGGUGGCGGGCGGCGGCUGGUUCAUGACCAUGAACUACGUGGUCCACGCUUUCAUGUACACUUACUACGCGGCGCGGGCAGGCGGCGUGCGGGUUCCCCGUCCCUUCGCCAUGAUCAUCACGGCCACCCAGAUCCUGCAGAUGGUGAUGGGGCUGACGGUGCUGGGCCUGGUUUACUACUGGAUGCACGAGGUGCGCUGUCCGUCCAACAUGGACAACGUCACAUGGGGCUCCAUGAUGUACCUCAGCUACUUGAUCCUGUUCGCCUUGUUCUUCUACAACACCUACCUCAGAGGCGCCUCCAGCGGCAAAGGCUCCAAGGCCGAGUAGAGACUCUGACCGUCCUGUCAACGUGUGCCAACAGCAGAAAUGACCGACAGUGCGGAGCCAUGAAUGUGUGAGUCCCAGCUGGUGAACAGGCUCCUCCUCUUGUUACGUCAUCAUCAACUGACUUUUAAUACUCGUCUGUCGCUCCAAACACUGACACAUCAUCCACUGACACAGCAGGAGCGAGGAGGCUGGUUCUGACUCAGCACAGUUUAAUAUGAUCUGGUGAUUAGUCGACGUUACACUGAUUAUAGAAACAUGAGGGAGUCCACGUCUCACUUCAUCUAAUCCUAUGAAAGACAAGCAUUUGUCUGAGGUGAUGAACAAAUGUUUUAAUCUUGUAAUGAAAAGGUGGAAAAGCUCUGAACUAGAACAAACUAUUGUAAAAUGUUGAGGGAUUUGUUCCAGAUUUUGUGAAAUACACUCGUUCGCCCUCUUUCUCAGCCUGGAGCUGGUUAGCUUAGCUUAGCAUAAAGACUGCAAGCAGGGGGAAACUGCUAGCCUGAAAAAAAAACAAAGAACAUUUAAAUUUAAUGCUAAAAACAACAAUUGUUCAUUUUAUUCUCUCACGUAUCAGAACUGACUCAUGACAUUUGAAUCCGUCCGCCGACUGCAUCACAGACGUAGAUUUUCAAGAAAUUACAUAAGCGCAAAUUGUCGUUGUUCGAUUCUCUCCAUAUAAUAGUUUGUGCAUAAAAACCCAGAUGCAGCUUAUUAAUCAGUGCGUCUCUGAGAUGUUAAGAGUUAUAUUCAUCACUUUGCCCAAAGCUUCCUCCUGAUUACAGUCUUUGAAUUAAGCUCCAGUGACUUCAACCUCCUUCUCAACGCUGGGAAAGAAAAACUAACGAGUUUAUUUUGCCCAAAAUGUCGAACUACUCCUUUUUAAAACCACGUGUUUUAGCCUUUAGCACAACUGUAACCUGCAGGAUAGUAACUCUAUGAAAAGGGAAUGAAGACUUCAUAUGCACUUAAUGUCAGGGGGUUAGACACACACACACACGCACAGACAGACACACACAGACACACACACACACAAGCAGGAGGAUCAGUUGAACUCUGGGUGACGAGCACAUUCCUUAUCUCAGAGACGUCUCAGAGAAAGUAACUUCUAGGAACUGGGGUUUGAAAGACGUCCGACGCGUCCUGCUGUCACAUCGUGUUUACAUUCUUCUGCACGUUCUGCCUUCUCGUCCUCACUUGAGACAUUUACACUGAACAAGGAGUUUAUUACUGAGGAGCAGCCAUAAAUACAGGAUAUAUUCCAGGAGCUGGGAGUAAACGUCUCUGUGAACAAAGAAACUCUUUAUCAGAUGUUUGAUUCCGUGUGUGAAGGCACCUGAUGACCACUCCCACAGUUAUAAAUAGAUUUAAACACAACCUUCAUGGCUCCAUUCAACACCUCCGUGCUCUUCAGAAGACGUGUGGAUGAAAAGAAGGAGAAUUCUACUGAGAGCAUCGCAGAGAAGUCUUAUUUAUACAUUAAUCGUGAUAUCGUGCCGUCAUCAAACCUCAGAAAUCAAUCAGCGAUGCACUUAUACUUUGAAAUGAAGGAUAAUAAAUUAACCACUGUACUCGAAGUACAGAUUUUAGAAUGAAAAACGACUAAACAUUAACUGAAAAGCAACCCAGCACUUCAUACACCUAUUUGAGGGAUUAACUUAAACACUCAGUGACACCAUUGUUAUUUUCUUAUCUUGUCGUUAUCAUGUUUUUGUCACAAAGGAUCAAUUCAAUCCUCCUGGGAACAUAAAGCCGUGUAGAUCAAAUCAAACAUAACCUGUAAAGAUCUGAGACGUUAACGUGUUGGUCUGCACCGAGCGGGGGAGGAAUCGGUCUGAGGUUCAGGGGAAAAGGUGUUUGAAUCUGUUUUCUUGUGUUCACACUGUAUUUCUGGGCCUUCGUGUCUUUAUUGGAUAAACAGACAAGCAGCUGAGGUCUGGACACGAACUGGGGACGUUUCCGUUCAGUUGUUUGCUGUGAAAACAACCAGUUGUACAUGUUUGGGGUUUGGGUUUCUGAUUUAUCUCCAUCUUAUGAAACCACACUUUGCUUCGCGCUCUGUGGUUUGAAGGUUUAACGCUGUUGUUCCAGUUUCAUUUGUCUGUUUGUGAUCCUCGAUCUCAGGCUGUCGUUCGUCCAACCAUCGUUUCACAUGAAGGAUUUUUUCUCGAGGCUCAGAAGAGGUGAAGGUUCUCACUGUUUCUCAAGAAGAAUCGAAACAGAAUUUAAUGUAACAGUAUUUAAAGUAUUAUUAUUAAUCAUCUUCUGAGCGGGUUGGGGAUUUAUUUGUGAGGUGCACACGUUCUCGGCACUUACUCGGUUUGAACAGUUUGUGAAUGGGAGGAGGCAGAAAACACCCGGCCUCUGGAUUUUGUGUAAAUUUGAAGAAAGGCGGCGACGACCGUCCUGUGUUCUCUCUCUUCUCUUUUUGGAUGUACUGUCGAGUCCGUACUGUAGAUUCCUGUGGUGCAGAUGAAGAAACGUGGUCUGAGAAGGAUUCUUGCAGAGAUUGACACUAACGUGCUUCCCGUUCUCUGAGGUGCUGAUUGUCGCUCGGUGUGCGAGCAGAGAAACCACCGGGGCUGCUGGGAUCAGUCGAGCUGCUCAGAAGGACGAGGCGCUGCAGUGGGUCCCUUGUAAAUAAUGUGUGUAUUUAUUUUCUUAUAGUGGAAAAAGUUCUCCAGCAGAUCUUUACCAGGAAGGUGCAGUUUCUCCAGCUGUGCAUCAGUUUUUCUUCCAUCCAGAUGUUGUGUUCAUGCAUUUCUACAUUCCACACAUCUGCUGGCAAACCACUUCCGCCUCUUCACUGAUAAGAGAUGGGUGACGAUUGCAGAAAAACUCUAAAAAGCCAUUGACACUGAACACGCAGAGAGGUUUUCUGGGGUGGGUUGAACUUGUGUAACAUGAUGUCAUCCUGUUGUUGUUUUUUUUUUGUGUUUCAUGCUAAUUUCAAACGAAGCUUCUCCAUCUUGUGAAAACACGAGUUUACCACUAUGACUGUUUGUUCCGUCCACGGCAGCUUGUGGUGUCGGAGGAGCUGCGGUUCACACUCGUUGUGUGUUUGUUGUGUGUUCGUUGUGUUGACGUAGUUGAAAUCACUGCAGGUCGUUUCAAUGUCUCGGAGCCUGAAGACAUUCACUGUAAAACAGCUCAGAGUAAAAAUCACUAGAGGACUUGUCCACUCGAUAAACUUGACGCUAUAUUCUGAGACAUUUCUGUGCCAAACAAAGCUUCUGCUGUUAUGUUUUCUACCUUGGUUUAAUGUGAGCGGCUCCAUGUUGGUCUGUGCAUC